UAAAAAAGAUAAAGCAAAAGUUCAUCGCCCACGUCAUGUGUAUAAAUAAUUUCAAGAUGUCUGAUAACCGAUUUACGUUAUACUACUUCCAUGGAUCUUACUAUUCCCAAAAGGCAUUGUUGGCUUUAUUUGAGAAAGGAUGUCAAUUCAACCGAAAAUUUAUAAAUAUCCAUACCGGAGAACAAAAAACUCCGGAAUAUAUGAAAAUGAACCCAUUAGGACAAGUUCCAUUGUUAAAAGAUGGAGAGGAAGUUAUAGUGGAGUCGGAAAAAAUCAUCGACUACAUAGACGAAGAAAUUAAAUCGGGGCCAAUAUUGGUACCUGAUCUCAACACACCAGUGGGAAAAGAAGUACAAAGGUUGCGUCAGUUUAUUGGUGGAAUUAGAAUAGAGAUCACCACAUUUGGGUUGUUUUUUAAUCCUGACUUGUCUACUUCCGGUGUUAAAGUGCCCAAAAGUUUCUUGCAACAUUUGAAAGGUUCUUCCGAGAAAAAUGUGAGCAGUUUGGAAGAAGCAGCUCUGAAAUAUCCAGAUUUUAGAGAUUCUUAUAUUGCAAAAGCCGAAAAGUCGAGACAAUUCUUUGCAGACGCUGCUAACAGAGAAUUGGUUGUGCAAUGUUUAGAAGAAAUCGAACAGAAGUGCGAUCAUUUAGAGGAAUGUUUGAGGAAAAGUAAAAAUACUGUAAAGGGAGACGAGUUUUUGUUGACAGGUCCAGAUUUUAACUCAGCCGACAUUUCACUUGUUGUGUUCAUGGACAGAAUGGUGAAGUUGGGACUUGAAGGCAGAUAUUUUUGUGAAUCAAAGAGGCCAUUAUUAUACGAUUACUUUCAGAGAAUUGGUCAUAGACAGUCCGUCCAGUUAUUAAGGACCGAAGUUAAGAAAUUGGUCUCAAUGUUCAUAUGGAAUAGAGUUAAGGCAACAGUGCCAUAUGUGGCUGCUCUGGGAUUAACAAUUGGAUUAGGCGUCUGGUUCAUGAAAAAUAAGUCAGCAGUUAUAAAUUUAGUUGUUAAAAAAUAA